CUUGUUUUUUCAAAGUGAAAUAAAAUCGAUCGAUUAUACUUUUUAUUUUAUGGCAACUUUGCCAGUUUUGCGUCAAAUUCUUAAUGACAAGUGACAAGUACGUUCAAAUACACGAUUCUAGUCCUUACACAGGGACAGAUACUUAUAAAAAUGCACACAAAAGACUAUUUAGGUUUGUUUUGGUCUAAUUUGAACAAAUGAUUUAGUUAUUAGUAUAAAACAUCUUAAUUUAAACAAUAUCUUUUCAGUUAAUAAAUUAAGUUAUUCUUUUUAUUCUUAGCUUAUUUACAUUUUUACAUUGAAUGAUUUUUUAGUGAUUGCUUUGAACGCAACAUUGGUAUUUGCUUGCUUUUAUCAUCAAAAAUAUUUUGUGCAGUUUAUCCAUUUAUCCAAGGCCGUUGCGAGUAACUUGCUAUCAAUGUAAUUAUUUAAUCGUUAUUUAAAUGGUCAAGUACCAUGGAAGACGAAAUUGAGGAAUGUAUCAGAAAAAAGACACAGUGGUCGCAAUUACCAGCGACUGUAAAAAAGCUGUUGGGUGAUUCUCCAAAAGAAUAUGAAAGGUACAUAUUCGAAUUUAGUAUUAAAAAUCAAUUGAGGUACAGAGGGAGCCUUGUGAGGACAGUUCGGAAAGAUGAGAAGAAGUAUUAUGAGACACUUGUGCAGAGCAGCAUACAGAGGCUCAUGCUCUACCCCUAUCACUUAGCAGAUAUGAUUGUGAAAGGUUUGAGAAUAACCCCAUUCAUUUACUAUGUGGAGGUGGUGGCGCUCCUCAUUGAGCUGGAGAAGAGCUAUGAUACUAUGCCCAACUUCACUGCUGCUGACUGUCUCCGAUUGCUAGGUAUUGGUCGGAAUGAAUACUUAGAGCUGGUGGCCAAAGCGAGGUCUCUAGGUCGCCGAGGACGUGCCAAGGCCAUCCGCGCCCUACUCCCACGCGUACCUCUCAAUAUACCCAUGCAGCCGUGGUGGAGAAUCGAACUCGGAUAUGUUCUAGAAGAUGAUGUCAAGCCUCUAGGCGAGAGCGAGAGAGCGCUAAUAGACUUGCUAAUCGACCGCGGCUCGCAGACCGCUGGCACCCUCGACUACUAUGUCGUCAAGACUCUGUACAGGCGCGGUCUAAUCUACCUGGACGUGCCAAUAACGGCCGCUGACAAGGUGUCAGUGCCCCCCCUCAAAGGAUUCGUGAUGAACCGCAUCGCCGGCGACUACUUCGAGACGUUGCUGUAUAAAGUGUUCGUCUCUAUUGAUGAGCAUACCAGUGUCGCUGACUUGGCGGCUGUUUUGCAGGUGGAAUGCGAGUUAGUAAAGCAAGCAGUGUCGCUGUACUGCCGCCUGGGGUUCGCGAACAACCUGCAGCCCCCGCCCGUGUCCCCGCAACACCCGUCCUGGAGGGACGCCGUCACCACACAUAACCAUCAGCCGUACAGACAGAUAGCCCCAUUAACAUUCGAUCCCAACAUGGAUGACGAUGCGCUGCAAAUGGAACCGAUCCUCAUCAAAAAUCAUCAAAUGCCGUCUACUUCGAAACAGAGUCCAGACGAAAUAACAGAGCCUUCAAACAACGGCGGCCAAAGAGUUGCCAUUUUGUUCGACUCUACAUUAGCAGCUUACCUCAUGAUGGGAAAUCUGUCUCCAGAUCUAAAGAGUCACGCGGUAACGCUGUUUGAAGUCGGUAAGCUGCCUGAUGAGAGUCUGGACAGCUUACUCAUGGAGUUAGACAAGGUGGUGGCGGACCCCGAGAUCGAGGGCGAGGCGCGGCGCUACCUGGCGGCGGCGGCGUGCCUGCGCGCGGCGCUGCGCACGCUGCGCCCGCGCCUGCGUCCGCUCGACCUACUGCGCUGCGAGGCUCUGCAUGCGCUCGGCGCCGCCGCGCGGGCCCGCCUGCUGGCUACUAAGUACAAACUGGCGGUGUCGACGGCCCCGCUGUGCCGCGAGGCGCGCGCGGGCGCGGCGGCCGGGGCCCUGCCGCACGUGGGGCCCGCGCCGCCCGAGGCACACACGCCCUGGAUGAAGCUCUACUUGUACCACGUCGCCGGGUAUGGACCACCCACACUGUUGUUGACCAAGGGCACUCAACUGCGCGGCGUGCCGCGGCUCCUGCUGGGGUACUCCCGCCUGGGCGUGUCGUGGUGGGGCGCGGAGGCGGCGCUGGAGGGCGCGGGCAGCGCGGCCGGCGCGCUGGGCGCCGCGCCCGCCCUGCGAGCCGCCAACGCGGCGCUGCGCCGCGGGCCCGUGCUGCUGCAGGCGCUCGGCGUGCGACACCCCGCGCCGCUCAGACAUCUCAUGUUCCCGCCUGACGCUGAUACCUGCACAGAGUCACAAGCGCUAUGGUCUCGUCACGCUGGUCUGCGUCGCCUGUUGAAGAGACUGCGACUGACUCGCUCCGUCGGCUACGUCACGUUGGCAGACAUCGGCGUGCCAGACCUAGGCUGUGCCAGACCACCGGCUACCGUGCAAUUAGUACCACAAAGAAAGAAGAAAGAAAUAUGCGGUAUAGCAAAACCUAUCAGCGAAGUAUCGUUAUCAUCGACGGAAUCCGCAGAGAGGUACACGGAGGAGUACUCCAAGAACCUGACCAGGUUGCAGUCCCCCAUAGAGUCUCACUUCGCCGUCACCCCCACCACUGACAGCAAGAACUCCUCCCCAGCCAACGGGUUCACCAGCGUCGAGUCUGGACAACUGCUCUGUGACGAACUAGACAACUUAGCGCUCGAUGACGUCACGAAACACGCCCACAGCAAGGAGUCCAUAGCUAACAGCGAUGACCUCGUCCCCAUACAUUCCUCUUCCACCAGCAUCGAAGACCUCAAAUCCGAUAAAAAGCAUUCCAAAGAACACUCCACAAGCAAAGAAUCCAUUGCUUUAUCCGACGAUCUCGUUCCGAUACAUUCUUCGUCUGUCAGUAGCGAGAAUUUAAACAAAAAAUGCGACCGGUCGGUCAACCAGUUGGAGGAUUUGUUGAGUCCGGCUGAGGAGUCGAUCUCUAUGUUUACUCAGUUGAAUGACAAGUUGACUGAGAUGUCGGACGCGCAGGGCGACAGUGGCGUGGACACUGCUCAUUAUGUAUCUGAUGAUGAAACUUGUAGACCAGAGAGAUGGACAAUAGUAGAUCUCCAGUUCGGCAUACCGCUGUUCGACGAAGCGCUAUGUGAGAAGAUUUGCAAGUGUAUAGUAGAACGAAUAGCGAAACCUGAACUACUGGAGAAGGUGAAAGAAGAUAAUGAAUUCAUACGUUCCGAUAUAUUGAAGUUUGUGUCGCAAUGUCAGUACUACCCCGGCGAAGAUAUGGGAAUAGUAAAACGUGGUUCCUUAGUUCCAUUACCGAGAAAGAAUCUGGCGUUCGAGAACGGCAGGAUCAGUGAGUGGACAGGCAAGUGAGCGCCGUCUCACUCGCACACGCCAUAUCUACUAUUAGUGCGAUAGAGACAGACAUAUGUAUGUUUGUUGUUCCGGAGUUGAGCUUUACUAGACGUUAUGUAGAGAAUUCAUAAAUUAUUUGUGCUAGAAGUGGACGUGGAAAAUGUUUGGGGAAUUUAAAAAAUAUUAUUAGUAAUAAUUUAGCCGAACUUGUCUUCCCAUUACUUAGUUAUAUGACUUGCUCGUCUAAAGUAUUAGAUUUAUUUGUUUAUGAUUAGAUGAAAAUAUGAAAUGAAUGUACCUAUCACAAAGUUUAGUGCCAUUGUAAUACCGCACACUGCUACCAAAUUCCAUGAGUGCGUCGAGAGUGGCGGUUCCAGUGAACCAAUCAGACGCCGAACGCGCUCGAUGCUAUUACGUUACGAAUGCGAUACGGUAAAAAGGGGUGAAUGGGGAUCGAGAGGUGAACAGGGACAGAAGAGGG